CACCUUGUUAUUGCUGUCAUUGUAAAACUUUGAAGAAAAAAACACAACAUUACGUCAAAACAACUAAAUUUUUCUUCUUUGAUUAGCCAAAGAUUUUUAUAACAAGACUUGUGAUUAAUUAAGAGUGAAAAAGCAGAAUUCCUCCUGUUAAUUGUCGUUCUACAGAAAUAUUGUGCAAUAUUGUGAUUACAGUAACCGAACUGCCUCUAUAAUCGAUUGGUGCAACUUGUCGAGACGUUGGUUUGUUGCUUUUGCCCUCGUUCAAAGUGUCAUAGCUGUCUUCUGGCAGGGGAGAGUGAGUAAUGGCAGAAUCAAUAGUCCAAGAUUGGCUUUCGGAUUUUCAACGUAUCCAGGGUCAACCGGAAGAGAUCAAAGAGUUUGCCGCCGAACAUGACACUGAGUCGGAAAUCGCUGAGGUUAUAUUCACCAUACUCAACGAACGUCAGCGCCACGAAUCAUUGGUCCAUGAUAUAUGCCAGCAAUUGUUGGCCUUCUAUCGCAGCACGGAAAAGACAUUGCAAAAGUUUCCCCUUCAAUUUAUACCUGUUCUAAUCUAUACGUACCUGCGUGCCGUAGCCGGUGGUGAUAAGAAGGGCGUGCGUAGCCUAGAAACCCUGCUCAUUUGCAUUUACAAUGGAGAGGUGUCCACAGACGAUGGCAGUCCAAGAAUAGUACAAUUUCGUAUGCCAAUACUUGCGCAAGCCUCAGUAUAUCACGAGGAGAAGAAUCUGCCAAUGACUGAUUUGAGGCGGUGGGAGGAGAAUUGCAAUCGAGAGGUAAAAUGGGGACCCCAUCCGAGAAUUGAAGCAAUAACAGCCCAGAACCGCCUGAGAAUAAUGACGGCAUUAUUAUUUUGCUACAAUCAACAAGUUAGUUUAACGCAAAAAUCGGCAUUAAUUUAUUUGUGUCGGGUAGCCUCUCAAUUGGUCACCGAAGGUUUUACUUCGAAAAUGACACAUGCUCACAGGAUCUCAUAUGGCUCCGAUCCAUCACUAAUGCCCAAAUCAAUGAUACCACGCAUUCCGUUAUCCUCAGCAUUCCUAGUGGAGUUAGUGCAUGCCAUUUAUUUCGCCAUGUUUAACGGCUUUGGUACAGUAGCCAUCCAGACUCUGGAAGAUAUACAUAAUCGGGCAUGUUUUGAAAUGUAUACGGAAUUGAUAUUGAUCACGAGUGCUAUUCGCAAUUCUCUGCAUGCCAAUCCUUCGGGACAGCCCAGUGAUGGACCAAUGGGUCUCAGUGUAGCUCUAACACCAUCCACCAAUACCGUUACCACCGCUGUAUCUAAAUCAAUGAUUACAAAUGCAUCAUUCCGUACGAAAAAGUUACCCGACGACAUACCCAUUCAGGUGCAAGAUUUAACAAUGCCUCAGGCGCCACAACAAUUGGCCAGUGUCACGGAGGAAACUGCCGAACAAACGCAAAAUGCUAAAGAGUCAACGAGUCAGCAGGGCUCAAGAAAUUCAAUAAUACGUCCCAGCAUGGAGGGCAUUAAGGCUCAGGCUCACAAGGCUUUAAUUGCAGGCUUUAAAAAAUCGAAAGACAAAGAGAAGGAUAAAGAUAAGGAUAAGGACAAGGAAAAGGAUACCACGAAAUCAUCAGUUCAUCAAACUAAUGGCAGUGCAACGACAAAUAGUGCAGACAAUAUUAAACCACCGCAACGAAAAUUAGACAAACAUAUACAACGCAAUUCACUGCUUCAGUUGCAAAUGGAGGGCUCAACGGCAAUGGACUUUGAAAAAAGCCCUGGCCCUACGACCAAAUCUAAAAACUAUGAUUCUAUAGACACCAUGGAAAUGCUGCCCAUGCAAUCAUUACUGGCCAAUGAAAGUGGCAGUAAUAGUUUUAGCAUUGACAGUGAUUUGAAUGGUGGCACUGCAGUCGGUGUGAUGUCGGGUGGAAGUGGUGGUGUGGGCGGCAUUGGUGGUAUCAAUGUUGGUAGCACAGGAGGAUUAGGCAAUAAUAGUAAUAACAAUAGUACAACCACCACCACAAGCAGUGACCUAUUAACGACAAAAAGUUUUGAUUCCAGUAUUGAAAUGCCAGCCAUUGUUAAUGCGACGACCGUUGUAGGGGGUGCUAAAACGACGAGUGAUACUAACAUGGAUUAGUGACUUUCUAAGGCUUCCAGUAGCCGACACUGGCUAUUUAAAUUGCAAUCAACAAAGAAAACCCCCAAGCGAUAAACCAUAAGAAUAAAGAAACAUGUUAUAAAAUGAAGCAUCAUUGAUGCGUGCUAUAGUUAAGGAAUAAGCAAAGCAAAAGAUGAAUACACUAAAAUAUAAAAAAUAACAAAUGGUUGAAUGUUAGAGCUUUUAAGUGGAGCAGUGUGUUACAUUUCUUUUGUAAAAUGAAAAGCACAUCCAAUGGAAAAGAAAUCUGUCAUAGCGUUGUGGGAAAAGUUCUGCUUUUACAUCAUGAAAUGUAAAUACAUGUGUAUACAAGUAUUUCUUGAUUGGUAGUUAUUUUCAUACUUUUGUUAUUGUGCCAAUUAAUGAUGAAUCAUUUUACUUUGCAUUUGUUUUAGUAAAUUUCGUAUCAACAGUUUUAGAAUUUGACUAUCGUUAGAAAAGCACCGCUCCACAGUGUUUUUUCUUUAUAUUUUUUAUCACACCACCUUUUAUGUAUUUGGCAUUACAUUCUGUGCUAAUAUUACUAAACUGCAAAGUAAUUUAGUUUUUAUUUCUUUCUAUUUUUUCAUUGAAUUGUUAUUUAGGUGUAAAUUUAUAAUUUCCCAAGGCACUACUCACAAACCGCAUCCAAUAAAACUAAAUAUACUUUGAGUAUGAGAUAUUUUAAAGAAUAUAAAUACUUCUUUGUUAGUAUGUGUACGUUUUAAAAUUUUUUAAAAUAACGGAACAGAUUCUUAGAAUGCUCACUGUACCUUUGUCGGUUAAACUGGUACUAUAUCUUUCCCUAAAUUUCUAUUCUAUCUUCCUCUUAAUUUUAAGUAAAAAUUGUGAAGUACAUAAAUGAAAAGCGUUUAAUAAUCAUUGUAUAUUUUUAUUGUUUGUUUUCUUGUUCUUAUACUUAAAAAAUUAAUAAAUAUAUUUAUGUAAUUCUUAAACUUAUAACAAAUUCGUUAUCAAUGUAUACAUAAAUUAAAAUGGAAAUAAUGAUGAUAAAUAAACAAAUUAUUCAUUCACUUAA